UCUGUCAGGUUCAGAGCUCAGAUCACAGAUGCAGUUUCACACCAGAGAGCAGCAUUUAUUUGAGCAACAUCAGAUUCAUUCACUCGGUUCAGUUCUUUAAACUACGGUCAUCAUUCUAAAGUACACACAGUAAUUAUUAUUUCAAAGCCAUUCCUGGCAAGACUUUGCACAUGUCUCGUGGCAUGUUCACUAUGAAGCCACAGGUUUGAAGGAAGGGAAAUGUUAAAGGAAGUGUUUGUCUGAUGUUAUCGGUGUUCUGUGAGCUUCAUAUUGAGAAACAGUAACUGUGAAACCAAAGGGUCGUUUCAAAUCCAGCAUCUUCUCCUGUGGUCAACACACAUGUGGACUUUAAGUCUUGAGUGAAAAUGACCAGUAGAAGAGUGUUGUGCAUGUUGAUCUGUGUGUUUUCCAUAAGUUGCUGUGUAUCAUCUUUGAACAGAGGUGUAAAGCAUGUUUUCAGCAUUCAAGAACUCACAGUGACUGGGGAAAACCUGAUGCAUUGUGGAAACCAGAAGAACAUGUGUGUGAUGGAUGGCAUUGACUGUAUCUCCACAGUGUCAGAUAGAACUCUUAAUGUUUCUCGAUCUCUUGAGAACUUCGUGAACACAUCAUGUCAUUAUCUGCUACACGAGAUGUCUUUCACCUGCAGAUGGAUUCAGUUGAAUAAAUACAAAACAGGAAUCAUCAACACCUUCAUUAUCAGCCGAGCAAAGAACAUCAUCGACUGUCCCUCCAUUUUAAAUUUUUAUUCUAGUUUCAAUUUAACCAUCAAAUCAAAGAAUGUUUUCAACCAAAACGAGAUCUUCUCUGCUGUCUAUACAGUGAAGCUUAGAGAAAUAAUUCAAGCUCCGCGGCCGGUCGUCACAUCUGUUAACACAACAGACACAUCACUGACCAUCACAUGGACCAGCGGUAAAAGAACAAUUGAAAAAUGCCUCAUCCGUUACAAACGUUUCAACGAGUCAUGGACAGAGACUGAAGUUUUUACCCCAUCUGUCGAGUUUCUGUUCGUCAUUAAUGGUUUACAGCCCUUCACUGAAUACAGUUUGAGCGUCUCUUGUGUUCAUGAAUUGGGUCGGUGGAGCGACUGGAGCGCUGAGACUCGAGUGAAGACAUCAGAGAGCCGGCCGACUGCACCUCCUGCAGUCAGUUAUUAUGUGUCUUCAGAUAAAAACUCGAGGACUCGACAGCUGUGGCUUCUCUGGAAGGCUCUGGAUAUCACAGACGCUCGAGGGCUCAUUCGAGGGUAUGAAGUAUCCUAUGCGCCCAUCAGACAGCCCUCUAUAAGACGAGUCGUUAACACGUCUGAUCUGAAGACAGUUGUCUUAAUAAUGGCUGAGGUAUAUGAUGUCACUGUAGCCGCGUAUAACAGCGCUGGACAGUCACCGUACCGUCAAAUCAGAGUUCAUGCAGAUCUUCCUCAAGAUGUGCUGGCAAUGAAGGGUCUCUGGGUUUAUUCUGAGGGUCCCUCAUUGCGACUUUACUGGGAACAUGAAUUAACCACAAUAAACGUGAGUGAGUUUGCCAUCGAAUGGUGCUCUACUGAAAACAACAACACCAGCCACUGGAAACGAGUGAGCGGCUCUACAUUUACAACCAUUCUGACAGGUCAAAUAUUUAUCUGCAUCAGACCAGACGAGAUCUACAACAUCAGUGUUUACGCCGUUUCUGACACUCUCUGUGGCCGUCCCACAUCCAUCUCUGCUAAUCUACAACACGGCACUCUGUUGGAUCUUGUGCGGUUUCGCCUUGUGAACGUGACUAAAUCAUCGGUGUCAGUGCAGUGGGUUUGGCAGGAGACAAAGUUGAGCAUUAAUGUGCUUCAGUACAGACUCGUGUUGAAAGGAAAACAUGAAACACAUUCUCUCCAGAUCUUUCCAAAUACACAGCAGCACUCGUUCUACAAUCUUCAGGCAAACACCAGAUACUCGGUGUUUAUACACGGAGAAACCACAACUGGAAAUUUCUCAAAGGCCAGUUUAGAUGUUAACACGCCACUUCUAGAUUAUGAUGAGAUCAUAAAAUUGGCUGUUCCAGUGGUCUUCCUGGUUCUUAGCUCUGGAAUAUUCUUAAUUCUAACUAGGACUGUAUGCAAGGAAUAUUUCUUCCCAAACAUCGCAAACCCCAGCUACAGUCUGAUUGGACGCUGGCUCCUCAACCCUCAUUAUGAGGGCAACGGUAACAUUUGUGUGCUGCAAUUGGAUACGUUUUUCGUGGUGGACCAACAGAUGGAGAAGAUACAUGUUGAACAUCACAUGUCUGUGGCUUCAGACGAUGAGGAUUUGAUUCCAUCAAAGAUAUUCUCAACCUGUAAAGGUACAACUCAAACCUUGUGGAAAUCCAAUUCCGACUAUCUAGAAAGCACCCAGAGGCCCUCUAGUGUGCCGGAGUACAUCGAUUUACCCAUAAUACCUGCUAAUUUGGAUUACGUUCAAAAUGGACAGAAUCCCGGUUGAGCUCUCAUUUCAGUGAAAACCUCAAACUGAAGUCUACCUAUAUCUACCAACAUUUUCAGACUGUGAAAGACUCUACCAUUAUAUAUUUUUAAUCUCGUCUGUCAAUAAAAUGUCACCUUGUAUUGCAAAAUCACAGUAUUGUGUAACAUUACUUAAUCAUAGUGUUUCCUGUUUGCAACUGUCUAAAUCGUAUCAAAACAUGUGAGAAGCUACAAUCUUUGAAACUCUUUCAAACACCUUAUAAUGUAUACAUUAUUAUUACACAUGUAAAUAAUACACAGAAUAAGCACCUGUCUAUCUUCAAGUCCUUUGCAGUUAUUGCCAUAUGCUUAUAAAUAUGCCAAGACAUUUAAUACAAGAUAACAAAUCAUCAUUUAUUUUGAGGUCAUAUCAUGAUUUUAGUUCAACUUCAUUUUUUAUUAUUAGUGUCAAUAGAUUUCUGAAAGAAGAUGUUCAAUAAAUCAAUUUGAUUAAUAUAUCUCCAUACCAUUUUAUACAAUUCAUACAAAAGAACCAUUUGAAACACAACACUGUUAUUACAUCAUCAAUUAUCAAUGCAAUACCAAUAAUUCUGUCAUUAAAAGGAUAGUUCACCCAGAAAUCAAGCUUCUGUCAUUAUUUACUCAUUUAACAUCUCUUUCUGUAAUUGAUGACAGAAAUUAUGAAAGAUUUUUAAUUUUUUUGGGUGAACUAUCUCUUUAACCCUUUAAGCUCGAAUGGGCCCGCGAGAAAAAAAUGUCAAAAUAUUAAUAACUACAGUCUUGACCAACACAAAACAGGUAUCGCUUGAAAGUUUGGAAGCUCUACUUUCCAAUGCAUGUAGACAUUAUGACCAAAACUGAACAAGUGCUUUGAAAUUUACAGACAAAUCAGAAGUGUUAUGUUUUGAUCAUUUUUGAUAAUCAGUAAAAACAUCAAACUGAUCAAACAGACUCAAUGAUGACUCAAAUGACACAGAAUGAAACUCAUUCUGUGAAAUCUCAUUAUUAAAAUCAUGUCUGCAUGCUAUGUAAACCUUUAGUCAUUGUUGUGUUUGCAUGUGUAAUUAGUUCUUAUGUACAAUUAUUAUGUUUUAUUUGUUUGGAGAUGCUUUUGGGCACUAGGAUAAAU